AUGCCCCUGACUAUUCUUAAGUUGUCUAAAGUAGUUGCCAUCGGCAAGAUUUCUACUGUCGAGUCACAUUUUUUGAAGUUGAAAACCGAGCAGUUCGAUGGCCUCAACGCUACUCCUAGGUCAUCUAAAGUGGCUCUUGGUUGUAUUGCUGGAGAGGAUGAGGGUCCUAUUGGAGUUCGCAAUAUUUCAACUCACGUCGUUAGAAACCGUAUGAAGAGUGUUAAAAAUAUUCAGAAAAUCACAAAGGCAAUGAAGAUGGUUGCAGCCUCAAAGCUGAGAGCAAUUCAAACUAAAGCUGAGAAUUCUCGUGGCCUCUGGCAACCGUUUACUGCACUUCUCAGUGAUCUACCCAGUGCUGAUGUCAAGAAGAGUGUCGUGGUGACCAUCUCUUCAGACAAAGGUCUCUGUGGUGGAAUUAACCCCACAUCUGUCAAGAUAAGCAAAGGGCUCCACAAGUUGAACUCUGGUCCUGAAAAAGAAACAAAAUAUGUUAUUUUGGGAGAGAAGGCAAAGGCUCAAUUGAUUCGUGACUCUAAGAAGGACAUUGAGUUAAUCAUAACCGAAUUGCAGAAGAAUCCUUUGAACUACACUCAGGUCUCUGUCCUUGCUGAUGAGAUCUUAAAGAAUGUUGAGUAUGAUGCUUUGAGGAUUGUCUUCAACAAGUUUCACUCAGUAGUUUCAUUUGUGCCGACGGUAUCAACUGUAUUAUCACCCGAAAUUGUUGAACGGGAAGCUGAAUCUGGGGGAAAGCUUGGUGAUCUAGACUCCUAUGAAGUUGAGGGUGGUGAGACAAAGGGAGAAAUACUUCAAAAUCUGGCAGAGUUCCAAUUCUCUUGUGUCAUGUUCAAUGCGGUGUUGGAGAAUGCUUGUAGUGAGCAAGGAGCAAGAAUGUCCGCAAUGGAUGGUUCAAGCAGAAACGCUGGCGACAUGCUUGAUCGCCUAACGCUUACAUAUAGCAGAACCCGUCAAGCAUCGAUUACCACCGAGUUGAUUGAGAUUAUAUCUGGAUCAUCGGCACUUGAGGGUUAAAUAAAAAUAGAAAGAUCGACUGCUAGGUUUCCGACGGUGACAAAUAAAAUUCCAAUGGUGCGAUGUUUUGGAAUCUGCUCAAAUGAGGCCUAAUGCUUUGUUCAAAUAAUUGUUGAUUUGAUUAAAUUUGAUGUCGUGGUAUUAUAUGCACAAC